AUGGCUCGAAGAAGAAAGUUAAAUAUUCGACAUCGAGCAAGUGAUAAUGAACGAAAUCAGUCUACUUCUAAUAAUACAAACUCAACCAAUGUAGAAGGAAGUAAUGUUGCAGAAACUCGUUCUAGUCCUUGUCAUGCAGAAGGUGUCAUACAUGAGUCUGUAGAAUCUCACUCAAUUUCCUCUGAUAUAGAAGUUGAAGAAGAACAAAUUGAAAAAGAAGUAGAGCCUAAACGGGCUAGAGGUCCUACAAAAAUGUUAGAUGUAUGGGAAAUGGAAGAUGAUGAUUUAAUAAUCGUUAAUUUGGACAAAUAUGGUCGACCCAUUGGUGAGGAAGGGACAGCUUAUGAUACCCGAGAUCAUUCCACCGACUGUUAUCUUGACGACGUAAACAUUGUUACACUUCCCUGA